AUGGCGAGACGAUAUGACGCACGCACAACUAUAUUCUCGCCGGAAGGUCGAUUGUAUCAGGUCGAGUAUGCAAUGGAAGCAAUAUCCCAUGCGGGAACCGCUCUCGGUAUUCUCGCUACAGAUGGCAUUGUCAUUGCAGCCGAAAAGAAAGUGACUUCGAAAUUGCUCGAACAGUCUGUCACGUCUGAGAAAAUCUAUCUUUUGAACAGUAAUGUUAUAUGUGGUGUAGCAGGGAUUACAAGCGACGCUAAUAUACUGAUCAACGUCGCAAGACGGUACGCUCAACAGUAUUUAUUCAGUUUUGAUGAUGAUAUUCCGGUCGAGCAACUCGUUCAACGGUUGUGCGAUUUGAAGCAAGGAUACACUCAAUAUGGAGGUCUCCGUCCGUUUGGCGUUUCAUUCAUCUAUGCUGGAUAUGAUAAUUAUUUCGGCUUUCAACUCUACCGUUCCGAUCCGUCUGGUAAUUACGGUGGAUGGAAAGCAGCGUGUAUUGGAGCCAACAACGCUGGUGCACAGUCUUUGCUCAAGCAAGAUUAUAAGGAUGACAUCACUCUGAAAGAAGCAAAAGAACUGGCAGCCAAAGUCUUGAGUAAGACCAUGGAUUCAACAACGCUAAAUAGCGAGAAACGUAUGUAUUGUUUAUCGGGCGGACGUGAAACAGUGAUCGCUAGCGUGAUUCAUCGCAAAAUUCAUUUUGAACGUUUCUCGACAAUGUGGAAAUGUGUCGUUGCUAAUCCGAGUUUAUUGUUCUCUUAUCUAGUUGAGUUUGCUACAAUUCAAUUGAACGCUGAAGGAAAAGUCGUUUAUAAUCUCUACAAACCGGAUGAAAUUGAUGCGUUAUUGAAAGAGCUUAAUUUGGGUGGAAAUAGCACCGAAGAAGAAGCGAGCUGA